AAGCACCUCUACACUUCUGAAUCCGCCGAAACUCCAUCAUGGCAGACAUUCCCUCCACUGAAAACAACCUCCUCUUCGCUGUGCCCAAGAAGGGUCGGUUGCACGACCACAUCGUCAAGUUCCUCAAUGGCGCCGGCCUCGACUACACUCGGCCCCAUCGAUUAGACAUCGCGCAUUGCUCGUCGCUUCCUGUCACGAUUGUGUUCUUGCCUGCAUCGGACAUUGCUGCGUAUGUCGGCGAGGGUAACGUCGAUCUCGGGAUCACAGGUCAAGACAUCAUUGCCGAGAGCCAGACCACUGUCAACGAGCUCAUGAACUUGGGGUUUGGCAAAUGCUCGUUGUCUGUUCAGGCCCCCGUAGCCAGCGGGAUCACCGAUCCCUCCGUCUUGGCCGGGAAGCGCAUUGUCACGUCCUUUCCAAACGUCGCGCGGGAGUACUUCAAGCAAUUUGAAGUGCCCGGCAAACCCACUCACAUCAAGUAUGUCGGCGGGUCCGUCGAAGCGGCCUGCGGGUUGGGUCUCGCCGACGGCAUUGUCGACUUGGUGGAAACCGGCACGACUAUGAAGGCGGCGGGGCUCGAGAUCGUGAGCAACAUCAUGAAGACGGAAGCGGUGCUCAUCUCGAACCCCAACACGAAGCACGGCAAGCUCGUGACCAAGAUCCACCAGCGACUGCUGGGGUUCCUUUUCGCGCAGAAGUAUCGCAUGAUCUCGUACAACAUUGCGCGGGACAAGCUCCAGAAGGCCAUUACGAUCACCCCAGGCCGAAAAGCGCCGACGAUCAACCCGCUCCUGAACGAAGACUACUGCGCGGUGUCGGCGAUGGUCCCUCGCCACGACGUCGCGGAUAUCAUGGACGACCUCCAUGAGCUAGGGGCCACGGAUAUCUUCGUGCUCGACAUUGAGAAUUGUCGUGCUUAACGAUACAAUGUAGAAUGUCAUGUUAUAUAAGCAUAAGAGUUCGCAUACAGUCGGGAAGGAUCGCUCAUCGUCGGAAGAGUUACAUCAUGCAUGUGGAUUUGGAAGGGGUGUUACUUGUGCCAUAGCCGCAGCCACCCCGCGGCCAAUUUGUUGGUUUGCUCGACGGUUUGGGUCAUCACUUCGAUGUUGUCGCUCAGUUGCCGCAAGGACUCGUUGAAGUUCUUCAUGGCACUGACAUGGGCUUCGUAUUCCUUGAUCUCUGCGAUAACCUUCCUCGACGGCGCAGCACCAGCGGCGACGGCCGCAUCCUCAUCGUUCACCUCCAUGUUCGCACUGCAAGGAAAGCACAG